AAGAACCUGGGGGGAAAAUGAAGCGCCUUCUCAUCACGCUUGUUGGCGUUGUUCACUUUUUAUCCCUGGUCUCUGGUGCCCCUCAGAAGACUUUUCAAGAAAGACAAGAAGAAAUAGCCAGCUAUGGAGAUGUUGCUAAAGCCAUCAUUAAUCUUGCUGUUUAUGGAAAGGCCCAGAACAGAUCCUAUGAACGACUGGCACGCUUAGUUGACACUGUUGGGCACAGAUUGAGUGGCUCCAAGAGCCUAGAAAAUGCCAUUCAAAUCAUGUACCAAAACCUGAAGGAAGAUGGGCUGGAGAAUGUCCACCUGGAGCCAGUCAAGAUACCCCACUGGGAAAGGGGCGAGGAGUCUGCUGUGAUGCUGGAGCCUAGGACACACAAGAUGGCGAUUUUGGGGCUUGGCAGUAGCAUUGGGACCCCCCCAGAAGGCGUGACCGCAGAAGUUUUGGUGGUGACCUCUUUCGAUGACCUUCGGAGAAGGGCCCCAGAAGCCAGAGGGAAGAUUGUUGUUUACAACCAACCGUACGUGAACUACUCGAGCAGCGUGCUGUACCGAGUUCAAGGAGCGGUGGAGGCUGCCCGAGUCGGGGCGGUGGCCUCCCUCAUCCGCUCGGUGGCUUCCUUCUCCAUCUACAGUCCUCACACAGGUAUCCAGAAAUACCAGGAUGGUGUGCCCAAGAUCCCCACGGCCUGCCUGACAGUCGAAGAUGCAGAAAUGAUGUCAAGGAUGGCUUCUCAUGGAGUCAGAAUUGUCAUCCAGCUGAAGAUGGGGGCCAAGAACUACCCAGAUGCCGACUCCUUCAACACCAUAGCAGAGAUCCGUGGGAGCAAGUACCCAGAGCAGGUUGUACUCGUCAGUGGACAUCUGGACAGCUGGGAUGUCGGGCAAGGUGCCAUGGAUGAUGGUGGUGGAGCCUUUAUAUCCUGGGAAGCACUCUCGCUUAUUAAAGAUCUUGGACUGCGCCCAAAGAGGACCCUGCGCUUGGUGCUCUGGACUGGGGAGGAGCAAGGUGGCGUUGGUGCCUUCCAGUAUUACCAGUUACACAAGGCAAACAUUUCUAACUACAGCCUGGUGAUGGAGUCAGAUUCGGGAACCUUCUUACCUUAUGGGCUGCAGUUCACCGGCAGUGACAAGGCCAGGGCCAUCAUGAAGGAGAUCAUGCAACUGCUGCAGCCCAUUAAUAUCACACAGGUGUUUCGGGAUGGAGAAGGCACGGACAUUAGCUACUGGAUCCAAGCCGGAGUGCCCGGCGCCAGUCUGCUUGAUGACCUCUAUAAAUAUUUCUCCUUUCAUCACACCCACGGAGACACCAUGACUGUCAUGGAUCCAAAGCAGAUGAACGUGGCGGCAGCUCUUUGGGCCGUGGUCUCUUACACCGUUGCAGACAUGGAAGAAAUGCUGCCCAGGUCGUAGCAAGAGCAAGAACAAGGGCAUGUUCUUUCUUUCCUGCCAGCAGUCUCAGGUCUCCAGCUUCAGGGAGCCGUCUAUACCUAACAAUUUAAUUUGAUUUCUCUUCAGAGCAUGAUCCUUUUUUCAGGCUUUCUGUGAUUAUCCUUCUUGAUAUUUUUUGGGUUGUCUGUUUCUAGAAUAAGAAAUGAUUCUCCCCACCAUUUAGACUCAUCAGAUCAUAGGCAACACAGUGGGGGCAAUUCUUUUCACUGCCUGUCUUUUUAAAAAUUUUGUUAUUGUUUAAAAAAAAACCUUUCUACUUUGAAAGUGAGCAUUAAAUAAAUCUUGAGAAGGCC